AUGAAGAGAAUUAUAGUCCACGGGUUACGUACUCCCGAGUUUAAUGAACUCGUUAUGCCAAUACGUGGAUGGGCUAAAGAGCCGACGUUGGAGGAGUUAGCCAAUACUCUAGCAAAUCAAGAAGAUUUAGACAAGCAGUUGUCUAAAGAUAGUGUUAAAGAUGAGGAAGCACUCUUUAGCAAGAAGAAUGAUGUUGGGGCCAGAAGUCUCUAA